CCAACAGGGGACUUUCUCUUCUAAACCAUCUUUCCUUCUUCUCCGUCAUCUCUCUCUCUCUCUCUAGCCAUGGCUCACCUUCUAGCCUAUGCGCUUCUCGUCUAUUCGUCCCUAAUCGGACUCUCCUCGGCCCUCCACCUCGUCCCUCACUCCUCCGAUCAUUCCCUCAGGCCCAUGAUUCUUCCUCUCUAUCUCUCUUCCCCUAAUCUAUCCCAUUCUCAUCAUAAUCGCCGCCGGAAUCUCCAGAAUUCCGCCCCCCCCAGCGCGCGCAUGAGACUCUACGAUGAUCUCCUCUCCAACGGUUACUAUACGACGCGGCUGUGGAUUGGGACGCCUCCACAGCAAUUCGCGCUUAUUGUGGAUACGGGAAGCACUGUGACGUACGUUCCGUGCUCUGACUGUGAACACUGUGGGUUGCAUCAGGAUCCGAGGUUCCAACCAGAGUUGUCUAGCACAUAUAAACCAAUAAAGUGCAGUGUUAGUUGUAACUGUGACAGUGCUGAACGUCAAUGCACUUACGAGAGACGAUAUGCUGAGAUGAGCUCUAGCAGUGGCGUGCUUGGUGAGGACAUCAUUUCCUUUGGCAAUGAAAGUGAACUUGUGCCCCAGCAUGCUGUUUUUGGUUGUGAAAACAGGGAAACUGGUGAUCUUUUCACCCAACGCGCCGAUGGCAUAAUAGGUUUGGGUCGUGGUCGGCUUAGUGUGAUGGAUCAACUUGUCGACAAGGGUGUUAUUAGUGACUCAUUUUCAUUAUGUUAUGGUGGGAUGGGUGUAGGCGGGGGUGCCAUGAUUCUUGGUGGUAUUUCUUCUCCCCCUGAUAUGGUAUUUACCCAUUCAGACCCUUUUCGCAGUCCAUAUUACAAUAUCGAGUUGAAAGCAAUACAUGUUGCUGGGAAGCCAUUGAAGUUAAGCCCAAGGAUCUUUGAUGGAAAGCAUGGAACAGUCCUGGAUAGUGGAACAACAUAUGCUUACCUUCCAAAAGAAGCUUUUCUUGCAUUUAAGAAUGCUGUGAUGAAGAAAACUGGUUCCCUCAAACAAAUCCAUGGUCCAGAUCCAAAUUUUAAUGAUUUUUGUUUUUCUGGUGCUGGAAGGGAUGUUUCCCAACUAUCGAAAGCUUUUCCUCAGGUUGAUAUGGUAUUCAACAAUGGACAAAAGUUGUCACUGUCUCCAGAGAACUACUUGUUCCGGCAUACAAAGGCUAGGGGUGCAUAUUGCCUAGGAAUUUUUCAAAAUGGAGAUGAUCCGACUACUCUUUUAGGAGGGAUUAUUGUUCGUAAUACCCUUGUGACUUAUGAUCGGGAGAACGAUAAGAUUGGCUUCUGGAAAACUAAUUGUUCUGAACUAUGGAAGACUUUGCAUUACCUUGAUCCUCCUGCCCCACCUCCUUUGGCUUUCCAUAGCCAUAAUACAAAUGUAGGAAUUCCUCCUACCGUAGCUCCAGUGGGAUUGCCUCCUAACAUAGCCCCAGAUGGAUUGCCUCAUACUUUUUUUCCAGGUGAAUUUCAAAUUGGACUGAUUACAUUUGAUAUGAAGCUUAGCAUCAACAACUCUUAUAUGAAGCCAAAUUUCACGGAGCUUACAGAGUUUAUCGCUCAUGCGCUGGAUGUUAAAGUUUCACAGGUUCAUUUAUUGAACUUCACCCAUAAAGAAAAUGUUUCCCUUAUCAAAUGGGCUAUCCUCCCUGAUGAAUCCGCUGAUUACAUAUCUAAUACCACAGCAAUGAGCAUAAUUCAGCGCUUAAGGGAACAUCGGAUGCAGCUUCCUGAGAAAUUUGGAAGCUAUCAGCUUGUUGAAUUGAACGUCAAGCCUCCAGUAAAGCCAACAUGGUGGCAACAAAACUAUUGGGAAGUUGCUGUUGGAGUUUUGGUUACCCUGGUUGUUGGACUAUUAAUUUCUGGGGCAUGGUUGAUUUGGAGAGAGAGAAAACCAGAGCAUGGUACAUAUGAGCCUGUAGGUGCCAUCGUACCAGAACAAGAGCUUCAGCCACUUCAAAAUUCACCAGCGCUUAAUGAUUUAUAGUGUAUAUAGUUUGCUUAAAUUUUUGUUGAUUUAGGGACGAAAUAUUGUGCUAGGUAGCUUCAAAUUUGACUAAAUAAUGACCUGUUCAAGCAAAUGAUUUCCUGGAGAUCAAAUCUGUACUUCCUCCAUUGUUGUACACUGAAAAAGCAGAGAGAAAAUAUAGUCAGUAUACAAGAUAUCUUAGGGCCUUCUAAGGAGCUCUACUUAACAGGUGAUUACUUGAAGACAGCAAUCCUUUUCUA